AUGGAAGUGCCUGAAGGCCUCGGAAUCAGCCCCGGUCUUUGUGGACAGAAUGCGAGCCUCGGCGUAGAGGACAGAGAGCACCAGGUGGGCUGGGUGAGAGUGAGGGUGGAAGAGAGCUGGUUCGCGCUGGAGCGGGAUUUUCUCGUGCGACACAGUGACUAUUUCCGAGCUCUCUUCGACUCUGGGAUGAAAGACUGCCGGCAAACUGAGCUCUACCUGAAAGACGGAGUGCAUGCGAGGGGUUUCCUCAUUGCCCUGGCUGUCUGCAGGGGGGAGAGUCCAACUAUCGGUGACCCUGAUGAGCUUGUGGACGCUGUAGAGUGUGCAGCUUUUCUGCAGGUCGCAUGUCUGGUCCAGUAUCUCUGUGACAUUAUAGACUCAGAUAAUUGCCUUCUGCUUUACCAUGCGGCUGCCAUCUUUGGCGUACAAGAGCUCUUUCACAACGCUGCUUUAUUUCUCCGUGACGCCUAUGAUGACCUCAAAGAAGCAGCAGAAGCUACGAUCCCCGAAGAGCUGCUGCACUAUUCUCAAACGUUGUCUCCUGCCAGUUUUGUUGCACUAGGCACCCAUUCUCCAUCGAUGGAGAUGCUGCACGACUCGUUUAGGUUUGUUUGUUUCCUCGAUGAAAAAGAAGCAGAGUGGAAACACCUGACCAACCUCCCAACGCUCUGUAGCACCUCCCUGGCUGGCGUGGUCGUGCUUGACAACCGACUGUAUAUCGUAGGGGGAGUUCACGGCUAUGGUAAGGAGCCAGUGGACUGCAGCUUCUGCUACAACCCUGAGUCAGGGGUUUGGACCACCCUCCCAGGUCCCCAGCAACCGAGAUGUGACUUCACCAUCCUUGGGCUUGAAGGGAAGCUCUAUGCCAUUGGCGGGGAGGUCCAGAAAACAAUCAUUUCAACAGCAGAGAGGUUUGACACGGCGACGGGCGAGUGGACGUUUGUACGACAUGCACCGAGACCUGUGGCAUCCGCAGCCUGCGCCGUAGCACGUCGGCGAAUGUUUGUUUGCUUCUGGAAACCUCCCGACACAACAGACAUCUAUGAGUAUGUGCCAGUAAAAGAUGAGUGGAGGCUUGUCACAACCAUGAUAAGACCUCAGAGCUAUGGGCACUGUAUGGUAGCCCACAGAGAUAAUUUGUAUGUGAUGCGAAAUGGGCCGUGUGACGACUUCCUGCGCUGCCUCAUGGACUGCUACAACAUCACAACAGGCCAGUGGACGGCCAUGCCCGGUCAUUACAUAAACAGCAAGGGGGCGCUGUUCAGUGCAAUGAUCAGAGGGGACUCUGCCUUCACAGUGAAACACAUGUUAACUCUCGAGUACAUCAUCACAGUGGAUGGAUGGAAGGCCCGCAGGCAGAUGAAAGGAUUUCCAAAAAGUGGCUCACUGUGGACAUGUUUACUCAGACUCCCCAAGACUGGACCGGCCAUACCACAACUGGAGGUUUUACAGAACAGUGAAAUAAUGCAGGAGUGA